AAAGAGAACCCCCCCCCCCAGCGUGCCUUUCUCUCCGACGGCCCUUCGCCCCUGACACGGAGGUGGUGGCCAGCUAUGCGUUCGUGGGUACGUCGCCAGAGGACCUGCCCUUCUCCAAGCUGGAGCGGCUAACCAUCGUGCGAGCCACCAACGACGUCAACUGGGUCAAGGCCAGGAAUCGCGAAGGCAUGGAGGGCAUGAUACCCACCUCGUACGUCACGGAAUGCCGGAAGGAGGUCAAGCUCAAUACUAUGGCAUGGUUCCACGGCAAGAUCAGCCGCGAGGAGGCCGAGAACCUGCUGACCCCGCGCGAGGACGGCCUCUUCCUGGUGCGGGAGUCCACCAACUUCCCGGGCGACUACACCCUCUGCGUCUGCUUCGAGCAUAAGGUUGAGCACUAUAGAGUAAUAUAUAAGGACAACAAAUUGACUAUCGAUGAGGAGGAAUUCUUCGACCAUCUCACUAAACUGGUUGAGCACUAUGAACAAGAUGCCGAUGGCCUUUGCACGCAACUAAAGCGCUCAGUCCCCAAGCAAGGCAGACGGGAAUACGCGGUGGAUCCAGAGAAGGCCUUUAAGGCUGCUGGCUGGUCCAUAAACAGACAGGAACUAAAGCUUUUAGACUCCAUAGGCAAGGGUGAAUUUGGUGAUGUCCUCCUGGGAGAGUGGCAAGGUCAGAAGGUGGCUGUGAAGAGACUGAAGGACAGUAGCAGAACGGCGCAGGGCAUCUUAGAAGAGGCCUCCCUUAUGACGAGUCUGAAGCACAACAACCUGGUGAACCUCUUAGGACUGGUGUUUGAGGACUCUUGCAUCCUGCUGGUGACAGAAUUCAUGAGCAAAGGAUCCCUCGUGGAUUACCUGCGUUCCAGGGGCAGGUUUCACGUUUCCAAAAGAGAUCAGAUCAAUUUCGCAUGCGACACAUGUAGUGGUAUGGCUUACUUGGAGUCCCAGAAGGUAGUCCAUCGUGACCUGGCUGCCCGUAAUGUGCUUAUCAGCGAAGAAGGUGUGGCCAAGGUUUGCGACUUUGGACUGGCCCAGGAAAUGAAACUUAAGCUGGACGGCGGAAAGUUCCCCAUCAAGUGGACAGCACCUGAGGCUCUCAGACAGAGUAAAUUUUCAAACAAAUCUGAUAUGUGGUCUUUCGGAAUUCUUCUGUGGGAGAUUUACUCUUUUGGUAGAGUUCCUUACCCUCGAAUUCCACUAGCAGAUGUGAUGAAACAUGUCGAAAAAGGUUACCGCAUGGAGGCACCUGACCUCUGCCCUCCGGAAGUUUACCAGCUAAUGAAGGAUGCAUGGAACGAGAACUGCAAACGUAGACCCACAUUCCAAGAGGCACUCAAACGACUCACACAGCUGCGACAGUCUAGCCUGGCAUGACCUAGAGUAGGGGCAUAAAUAUAGUUAAAAUUGGUGCCAAUGCUAGAUCAUGCUAGAGAUUUGAAGUAGUGUCAACUUCAGUGAAGUCAUUUAACAAAGGGAAGAGAUAGAGUUGAGCGUCAGUGCUUGAGGAAUUGUUGCGUUGGUUGGAGGUCGACAUAUCCUGCUCAUUCUAGUGGGAAAAGUGUGUUUCCCAAAGCUUGAGUGCUUCGUGUUCCUCUGGUGUGUCUGACACAGAGACAGACUGGUGAUGUUACUUCUGUAAUGUGUGUUCAUUACAUGUGUAUAAACGAACAGAAAGAAGAAUGUUACAAAUCAGGUAUUAAGCCCAGGACACCUGAGCAUUUGUCCCUCCAGACUUAACUUUCAAUUUAGUGUCUUUAACUACAUGACGAAUGUCUGAAAUGUUGAUAUGAUGAUUUUGAUUAUUAUUUUUUUGUUUUGUUUUUUGUUUUUUUGUCAAUCAUUGAUUUGAGUUUAUUUUAGAGUCCAGGAGAGGGUGUGUAUUUGGUGUCUGUGUUCUGUGUUAAGGGCCGCUUCUGGAGAGGGUGCAACAUUACUGUCUCUCUUCACAAUAGCUUUUUUUUUUCUUUUCUUUUUUUUUAUCUAGCUGCGACAAGUGAGCAAUGCCGAAGAUAAAAGAAAAAAAAUGAAUUAAAAAAAAUCUCCUAAAUAAUUGCUGUAUUUAGAGAUCAUAUAUGUUCCUGUGUAGUGUGAAGCUGGCACUAUGUUAUUAGUAUUUUUGUAAUAUAGUUGAUAUGAUUUUUUUUCCUUCAGAGUAUUAUUUUGAUUUUGUUUUCAUAUUAUAUUGUUAGUUUUCUGUAACUGAUAAAGUUGUAGACUUUUGAAACAGAGUGAAAUUGAAAAGAUAAGAAAAACUAAACAAAGUGCAGAGACAACAUGGACAUGUCGCUAAAAUUUUUUACUGCUGUGCACAUUGUGAUUUUUAAAUUUUCUUUGGUUUUGUUGGGGUAUCGUGAUUGAUUUGUGAUUGUUUUAUCGAAGGCUUUGUUGACUGCUUUCGGGACAAGAGGACUGUAGUUGAUUCCCCUCCCAACCCUCACCACCAAGCCUCGUACUGUGUACUGUGUUGUUGUAGGGGGACAAGAUGAUUAUCAUUAGGCUUGAUUUAGAGUCUUGACUAAUGUAUAUCCUACUAAACUUGUGGGCUGGUUAUGCCAUUAUUAUUUCUUUUUUUCUGUAUCUAACAUGAAGAAAAGUUCGUGUACCACAUGUAAGUGUAAUUAUUGUGUGUGAGAAGUGCGUCAGUGAAUAAAUAUACACAUGACAUGCAUGCUUGGGUGUACAGCCCAGAUUUCUGUUCUUUUUGAGCAAGAUGUAAUUUCAGAAAUCAAAAUCAGCACCACUUCAUGCCAGAUUUUGUCAUCAUUCUUACUGCUUUCAAAAGUACUUGGUACCAAGAAAUUGCAGAUAAACAUAAUUCAGUAUGACAAUUAUUUCCAGUAUCAAAUAGCAAACAGCAUGAUUAUCUUCAAAGCCUUUCUGAAUUUACCUUCAUUCUUCAUUGUACUCGCAUCAGCUUUGUCACCGAUAUAUGUUCUCUUUCUUAACUACUGUAUUAUGUGGUGAAGUGGAGUCAUCUGAUACAGCCUAUUUGGUAUUAGGGUUAGGGCUCUUAUCUAAACAAAUUGUGAUUUGCCUUUAAGUUGUUUUAUUUUUCAUUUGUCUGUGAACAUGCUUGUGUGUGCAUGUGUGGGCGUGGGUGUGUGCAUGUACAUGUGCGUGUACAUAUGCGUAUGCGUAUACAUGUGCAUGUGUGUGUGUGUGUGUGAAACAUACCAUUGCAUAUACAUGCGAGUACUUAUAUAAAGAAUAUAUGAGCUUUGUCCUCAUUAACCUAUUGUUGACAGGAUAGUAAGAAUACAUGCCAUGUUGACUGUCUCUUUUUGUUUACUGAUUGCCUUCACACAUAGAUGGCUCCACAAGUGCUUAACCACCAAGGAGUCAGCUACUAGUCCUAUCUAGCUCACCUUUUACCCCUUUUCCUUGAUUUCUAGAAAGAUUUGGUUUUUAUUUUUUAUUGCUAUUAUUAUUGUAAAUAACAUUAUAAUCAUAAUGUCAACAACAAUAACAACACCAUUGAUAUUAACAGCAUUAGAAAAAGAUAUUAGAAAAAAAAAAACAUUAAGAAAGUGGAAAUAGGCUGUGGGUCCGUAGCCUUACUAAUUGGCUCCUUGGAGGCUGAGCACUUACGAAGCCAUCUACGUGCAAACAAAAUUCACAAAAGAAAACGACAGCAAACAAUGAGAUUACCUGGCAGCAUUAGGUUAAAAGGUCGAGAUGAAAAGAAAUAGGAAUAGUUUGUUAGACUGGAGAAGAAAAAAAAAAUACAUCAUAUUCAUGGAUUGGAAAUAUAAAGCCCUGUGCUUUUGUACACUUAUAGGAAAUGCGUAGUGGUCAUGAAGUCAUAAGGUGGCAUCACUGUACUGUAAUUUUUGCGUUGACUGUCUCCAUUCCCCACCACAAGGAACUUUGGCAAGGAAGGAACUAGCCAAAAUUUAUAUCCUGGGAUUAUCUAUGGUGCUCAUAACAUAUCUUAAGACAUCCCAGUUCCGGUACCUUGGAAUGGGGGUCUCGUAUUUUAACCCUGACAACAGUUCAAACAAAGAAGAAAAUGUAAAACCAAUCAUUCAUCUUUGAUUUUUUUUUUUUUUUUUUUACCAAUGUGAAACAACAACAAUUAUGGAUGAAUUGUAUCUGUUUUGUUAGAGGGAAGAAGGAGAAGAAUAGAAAGAAAAAGAGAAACUGAUGAACCAUUCCUUUUUUUUUCUUUCAUUAUUAUUUGUUUUUAUUAGAAGGCAUUUAGCCGCUUAUUGAGGAAGAUGCCUUAUCAGUAGGGAUUUGGCUGUGUGUAAAUGCCAUGUCUGUGUUAUUCUGAAGCUUGACCAACUUGGUUGUACCUUUGAUGUUCAGGGUUUGGUCGAUAAAUAACAAUAAAUAACAGUUAAAUGUUUGUUCAAUGUGACCUGUUCAUGGCUGAUGAACUGUAAACAUUUUGUGAUGACAGAAGUUUAUUUGGAUAAAAAAGUAGCAGUAUUUCAAAGUUGAUCAUCUUGUCUUGAUUGUAACUUAUGGUAUUGAAUAGUAUUGCCACAUGUCAGAUCUCAACAUGAGAACUGUAGAAGGAUUAUUUGUUGAUUUGCAUUUCUUGCAAAUUGGCAUUAAACACUUACCAUUCAAAAAAAAGAAAGAAAAAGAAAAAAAAAUCUUGUAACUUAAUUAUCUCCUUAAUUCCUAUUGGAUGGAAUUGAUAAAGCAUAUAGGUAUGUGUUUGUUGAUUAUAUUUUUGAUAUGUGAAGAGUAAUGCCAGAUAGACUUCUAGCAUUUAUAAUACUUGCCAUUUACAACUUGGUAAUAAAUGUGGAACUAUAGUAUUUUCAUUAAUAUAUUCUGAAAUGUUUCUUCCAUGGAGAUGUUAUUGUGUCAGACUUCAUGUAACAUUGGUGAUCUUUUUUUCCCAAGGUUCUCUUCAAUGUGUGAGCCUCUAUUACCCAGUAUUUGUGUGUGCUCAAGCGAAUGGAAGGUCUAGAUUUAGUAAGUAAGGUCAAAGUGCAUCCAGGUCAUUUGUUUAUGAGGCUGAGGAAACCUAUCUAAAAGUUCCUUUGAUACAGGAACCAAUUGGCUUUUGUUUUUAUUACAUGUUUAUUUAAUUUGAUAUAUAUGUAUAUAUUUUGGAGGUACUAAUGAAAACUAUUAGUGACAGGAAAUAUAUAUAUUUUUUCUUUAUUUUCUUUUAAUUCAAAUGUUCACUUCAAGACGUAAAUUUUGCUUUUGCUUUCCACAAGCAUUGUUUUAAAAAGAAAAUAAAGCUUGUAUAACCUCUGGCUGAGGACUUACUCUCCUGGACGCACUUUCCAAGUGUGAGAAGAAUGCCGUUCUAAAACAGUCAAGUUCUGGACUAGAAAACAUUUUUUAUGGAUUUUUAAGGAAAACUAUUUUUUUUUCUAAUGUUGUAAGAGAACUGGAUUAAUACCACACCAGUGAUGUGCUAUAAGUAGCUAUGAAAGUAGUGGUGUGCUGGUCAUUAGGUUAAGCCAGGUAAGUUUGUAGUUAAAAAAAUAAACACAAAUUGUAAAAAGCAAGUUUUGGAAAGUGCUGUUUUUUUAAUUAUUUUUUCUUCCUUUUUAUCUUCGUUUUUGACAAUGAACUGCAGUAGUUCAAUUGUGUAUCCUUUUUUUUAUUAUGAGUUGUAGAUAUUCAAUUGGAGCAAAUUUUUAUUUUUUAACCAGAUCUUUUUAGUGAAACAUCAAUGAAAGCUUAAAAUCACUUCAGCUUACAAAAUAAUUUUUUUGUGUGUGGCUUUUAUUUAAUUGUUCAUAAAUGGAGAACAAUAAAAGUACUACAUUUUCA